UGGGGUACGAUCAGCUAUCAGUUCGUGGCCGGCUUUCCAUUAAAAUUGUUCUGCAUCGUGGAUCAACGAGGUUUGCCAUCUGCCCGUGGCCCGUUUACACGCUCUCCCGUUUGCCACUGGGUGCAUGCACCUCGAUCGAAAGGUUCGGGAAACAGGUCUUGCAUCGCCGACGCCUCCACCAGUGUUUCGUCAAAAUGGCAUGGACCAUAAAUCAGUUGUUUCACGCGAAGGCGUUUUUGGUUUCUGCAUACACGGUAUAUAAAACGUAUUUGUUGGUCAUUCCUGUAGUAACGAACCAGUACAAAAAUUUCGAUGUAGGACAGUGGAGAUAUUUAACAUUCUGGAAUCUGAUCAUUCAAGCAGUAUUUUUCUUUAUAUGCGUACUGAACGAUUGGUUCGGUACAAACACCGUCAGUCCCAAGAAGCCACCGUUCAUACGUAAAUUAAAAGAUUAUGUACACGCAGCUUUUGCUUUUCCAACCGCGAUGUUCGUUGCGACAAUUUUCUGGUCUUUGUACGCCAUCGACCGUGAACUGGUAUUUCCAAAAGCUCUUGAUCCUUAUUUUCCAUGGUGGUUGAAUCAUCUCAUGCACACAACGAUUGUAGCCUCUAUUUUAAUAGAGAUAAUUGUAGCACCAAGAAAAUAUCCAAAACGAUUAAAGGGUAUCCUAGGCAUCCAAGCACUUAUGGUAUCUUAUUUAAUAUGGAUGCUUAUAAUAUUCAGCAAAAGCGGUGUCUGGGUAUACCCAAUAUUUCACGUGUUGAACUUGCCCACGCGAACUCUGUUCUGUAUUACAAUGUUGGCGUACAGCACGGUACUUUAUGUGAUAGGAGAAUCGUUGGACAACUUCAUCUGGGGUAACGAAUACAUUAAACACCAAAAAUCUCACGCUAAGAGCAAGUAGCCUCGCCCGGGGAUUAGGUGCCGAGUUCGAUCUUACUUUAAUCUCCUCCCUCCAUUAAGGUGGCGGUGAAUAAAAAGAAAGACGACAAGUUUUCUACCUUCCCCAAUCCUUAACCCCGUCCGUUACGAACGUUACAGCAUGCAUGCGUGUCAUCAAUUGAAUUACAUCAUUUGAAAGUCUAGUAAUAAUGGUGCAUGCAGAAAAGCAACGCAUUUAUUUCUAACACGUUGGCUGCGGAAACAAUUCCAGAACAAACAAAUUUACGCGCUAUACGCGUCAGCUGUGGCGAACGUGUUAACCGAAAUGCUCAAGAAACAAUACGGUCAUUCAUUUCUUCACCGGAAUACGUUACGGAGCUGAAGCAUGUAAAUGAUCUUUUCGUAUGGCUUGUGCGUUUCGUGUGCAAUAAAAAAAAAGGGAAGACUAAUCAUUGUAACGACAUACACUACACGCACUGUAGUGCCUGAUGUAAAUUAAGUGUAUAAAAAAACACUAGCAACACACAUACGUGCAAACAAUAAAACGAUUAUUAUAUUAUGUUCUUUUUUAUACGUUCGAUAACUUUGUUUAUUUUUUGUUUGUGUAAUCGAAUAAAUAAAAAAUGACAAAAUAUGAAAAGAAAAUAGCUACACGCGGUGCAUGCAAAUAAGAAAGUAAAUGUACAUGUAGUUUACACGUAUCGAAUAUACAUAUGUAUAUGUAUUGUUCCGCGUUUUUAAGGUGUGUAUUAUUACACACGUAUACACAUACUUUGUACACACUUUUUCUCGAAACUAAAAUCCGACUGUAUUUGUAUCGAGUGUAGGAAAAAAAUACGUAGCCGAGAAUAUCGGACCGGAUUUGAAAGCAUAAGAAUAUGGCGAGUUGAACAAGAGGAUCGUGCAUUUGCGGACAGAUUGAACAGAGAUAUCGUUAAUUGUACCUGCCCAUCGUUUCAAAGAAGACACAAAGCCAAAUGUCGCAGCUAGAAAUGCCUUUAACAUUUGUAUUAGAUCUUGCUAGGAAAAUGAAAUUCCACUUCCUUUCUUUUUUGUAUGAGAUACAAAAAUAAGAUGUUUAAUCGACAAGGAACACAGGGUUUGUUAACACUACAUUUGUUUUUCUACCAUUAUUUUUGAACAGAAAUGAAUAAAAGACAUUGUUCUUAA